UGAACCCACAAAAUUACAACCUGGUGUGCUAUGGGAGCCCAGCUUAAAAUGGAUAAGUAGUGGCGCAAGAAAGAGGGGUGAAAGAGGGUGUGUACCUAGCACAUACUAGGAAUGCGGUAAGUCUUUAUUGAACAAGCGAAAGAGCAGAUGAUUUGUAGGUGAUUCCAUCUCCUCCAUGUCUCAUGGUUUUGUUCCAGCGAACGAUUCAUAGGCACUCUCUUGAGUUCCUGAGAAAGGCCGGCGAGGCUAAUCUUUCUCAAUCCCAGUGGCCAUCUUCACUGAGAAGCUGGAGUUUUAGGUCAGAAUCAAAAUGGGCAUCCCUGGGGGAGAAAGCGUUGGCUCAAGUGCCCUUAGUCUGGUCUCGACUCCUUGACUUUGGGUGUGUCAAUGUGUGUUAUGUGCAUUUGCGUGUUUUGGGGGAGAGGAGCAGUGGAUUACAUCAGUUUCUCAAGACUCUGGGACCCGAAAAUGGUUAAGAACACCGGCUUAGCAGUGGACUUUCCCUGACAGGAAUGAACUUGGCCUGUUUGUUCUUCUAAUUUUCGUGUCACCACACACCGGGUUUUCAGUACUGUGUGUUUGCACAUUGCUGGGCAAGAGUAGUGUUUUGUUUUGUUUUUAAGCAUUUGUCUUAUUUUUCCUACCAAACUGGCCAGUGGCACUGUGCCCUCCUUUGGCCUGCCUGUGGUUGCUAUGGUUCAGGGUUUCGGAUGUGGUGGCUGUGCAGUCACUCUAAUUGCUUCAACUGAUUUCAGUGUUGUGCCGAGAAGGCAGCCUUUGCUCUGAGUUGGACAGCAAUUCAUGCCCUUACUGAACUUGGGUCUGGCUACUUUUGGAACCCAGCCAAUAUCAAGUUCUAACUCAUGACACAGUCGUUUUGGGGUAGCAUGAACUCAGGAGACAUCUGGCUGCUUUGUCUAGCUCUCACCCCUUCUUCUAUCCCGCACACAAACUGUUCCAAGUAACAAGAGAUGUUCCAAGCAGGGCCAGGCUGAGCUGUUCCUUUGGAGAGUGAUCCAGUGACCCUGAACGUCUGUUGGCCUCAUCUCCACCAACCUCUGCAAUCUCAGGCCCGCCGCGUCCCCUCCUUCAUCUGCCUUCUGCAGCUAGAGCCUCAGCCCUCCCUUUCGCUGGGAGGCUUUGCCUCCGCCCACCUCUCCCUUGCGCAGGCCCCAGCUUCAGCUUAAAGCUUUUACUUUGUCACAGCUCCGCCCAUUCGAGACACACCCGCAGGGGAAGUUGUCUCUGUUUCUUCCCAGCCCAUUCUGGGUCAGAGCCGGCAGAGAUGGACCAUCCAAUACCCAAGGUCCUCCCAGCCGGGCACCACUGCCCCUCCCUAGGAAGGGGGGCCUUGGAGGCAGGCAGCAUGAGGUUCUCUGAGCCACCCUCCAUCAGGAACUCAGCAAUGGUGAACGAACCUGGAGGGCAUGGCGGCCCCAACCCCCGCCUGGCGGGCAGCAGCAUUGGCCGUGAGAGCUCCAACGUUAGUUCGAGAUGUUCCAAACUGCCUCUGAGCCCUGAGCGGCAUGAGAGACUGAGGGACAAGAUGAGGAGGAGGAUGGAAUCUGGUGACAAGUGGUUCUCCCUAGAAUUCUUCCCUCCUCGGACUGCUGAGGGAGCUCCCGGUUUCAUCUCACGAUUGGACCAGAUGGGAGCAGGCGGCCCCCUCUUCAUAGACGUGACCUGGCACGUAGCAGGAGACCCUGGCUCAGACAAGGAGACCUCCUCCAUGACAAUUGCCAGCGUUGCUGUGAACUACUGUGGCCUGGAGACCAUCCUGCACAUGACCUGCUGCUGUCAGAGCCAGGAAAAGAUCACACACCUUCUGCACAAGGCCAAGCAGCUGGGCCUGAAGAACAUCUUGGCGUUGAAGGGAGACCCCGUGGAUGACCAGUGGAAAGACGAGGAAGGAGGCUUCCACUAUGCUAUAGACUUGGUGAAGCAUAUCCGAAGCAAGUUCGGUGACUACUUUGACAUCUGUGUGGCAGGUUACCCCAAAGGCCACCCCGACGCAGGGAGCUUUGAGGCUGACCUGAAGUUCUUGAAGGAGAAGGUAUCUGCAGGAGCCGACUUCAUCAUCACCCAGCUUUUCUUUGAGGCUGACACAUUCUUCCACUUUGUUAAGGCUUGCUCCGAGAUAGGCAUUACCUGCCCCAUCCUCCCCGGAAUCUUUCUUAUUCAGAACUACCACUCCCUCCAGCAGCUUGUGAAGCUGUCCAAGCUGGAGGUGCCGCAGCAGAUCAAGAACGUGAUCGAGCCAAUCAAGGACAACGAUGAUGCCAUCUUGAACUACGGCAUCGAGAAGGCUGUGAGCCUGUGCCAGGAGCUGCUGGCAAGUGGCUUGGUACCAGGCCUCCAUUUCUAUACCCUCAACCGCAAGGAGGCCACCAUAGAGGUGCUGAAGCGCCUGGGCAUGUGGAUCGAAAACCCCAGGCGUUUCCUGCCCUGGGCUGUCAGUGCCCACCCCAGGCGCCAGAAGGAAGAUGUGCGUCCCAUCUUCUGGACUUGCAGACCAAAGAGUUACAUCUACCGCACCCAGGAGUGGGAUGAGUUCCCCCACGGCCGCUGGGGCAAUUCUUCCCCUUCAGCCUUUGGAGAGCUGAAGGACCACGACCCCUUCUACCUGAAGAGCAAGUCCCCAAAACAAGAGCUGCUCAAGAUGUGGGGGGAGGAGCUGACCAGUGAAGAAAGUGUUUUUGAAGUCUUUACUCACUACCUCUCGGGAGAGCCAAACUGGAAUGGCUGCACAGUCACUUGCCUGCCCUGGAAUGACAAGCCCUUGGCGGCGGAGUCCAGCCUGAAGGAGAAGCUGCUGCGAGUGAACCGGCAGGGCGUUCUCACCAUCAACUCCCAGCCCAACAUCAACGGGCAGUCAUCCACCGACCGGGUCGUGGGCUGGGGCCCCAGCGGGGGCUAUGUCUUCCAGAAGGCCUACUUGGAGUUCUUCACUUCCCCCCAGACAAAGGAAGCGCUUCUGCAGGUUCUGAAGAACUAUGAGUUCCGGGUUAGCUACCACAUUGUGAAUGUGAAGGGUGAAAACAUCACCAAUGCCCCAGAGCUGCAGCCCAACGCUGUCACUUGGGGCAUCUUCCCUGGGCGAGAGGUUAUCCAGCCCACGGUGGUAGAUCCUGUCAGCUUCAUGUUCUGGAAGGAUGAAGCCUUCGCCCUGUGGAUCAAGCAGUGGGGCAAGCUGUAUGAUGAGGAGUCCCCCUCCCGUGAGAUCAUCCAGUAUAUCCACGACAAUUACUUCCUGGUCAACCUGGUGGACAAUGAUUUUCCACUGGACAGCUGCCUGUGGCAGGUGAUAGAAGAUACAUUUGAGCUUCUCAGCCACCCACCUCGGAAUGACAGAGAGACAGAGGCUACGUGACCCUGCACCCUGCCGUCCUUAUCAUAGGCCAGUUGUGUCCCGCCUUCCUCCUCUCCAGUCCUGGUUUUCCUGGAGGCCCCUAUUCUCCUUUGUUUCUCCUGAGCCCUGGCCUCUACUCCCCCAUAUGAUGAUUCCAGCUAAACUGGUAUGAGUCUUCUGGGCUCCGGCUGGACCGGAGCCAGCCCCACAUGGGAGCCUGGUGUUCCCCGUUCAGCUGGGAGAUUUUGCUCUUUUGUGGGGAGCACCUCCAUCCUGCAGAGGACCUGAGAAGGGGAAGAAACUGGUUAUUGCUGACUGAGGCAGCCACUAGGAGCCAGCCUGGAACUGCCAGUGGCCUUGCACUUGGGGCCUAUGGAGGAUGGGCAAAGUGAACAUGGGCAGCAGGCACUGGUGGCACUGCAGAACAGCUGUGGCAAAGUGAAGGUGCUGCCCCCUUCCGCCUCCAAGACAUUGGCAGCUGGGCAUUUCCUACUUGUGACCGAAGGGGCAGACACUGUCCUGCCCUGGCACCAGGCCCCUGGAUGGGUCUGGGGCUGAAACCUAAUUAACAAACACUUCUUGCCACCAUCCACUUCAGAGCUGAGCUGGGUUUUCACCUUUCUACAAUGCUGCUUUUUCAAAGAGCUGUCUCUGAAUUCUCAUGGCUUAACAGAGUACCUCUUAAGAGUUCAA